AUGGCCGACAACAACUCCCCAGAUUACAAGGCUCUCUUUCUGCAGGCGGAAAAGAGACGCAAAGAGGCCGAAGAGCAACAAAGACAGGCCGAAGAGCGACAGAAGCAGGCCGAAGAUGAAGGAAGACGAGAGAAAAGGAGGCGGGAGCAGGAAGAGGAGAGACGGAAGCAAGCCGAAGAUGAAGGCAGACAGGAGAAAGAGAGACGAGAACAACUUCAAAAGCUCAGCCGACCGACCACUUUCGUGGAAUUCUUACGCCAUUCGCAUGACCUGCUCUCCCGACCGCUGAGAGUCGAGAUACCAUCUCGCUCGAUAACUGGCAAAAUACCCCUUCCCACUGGGAAAUAUUACCCAAUACGAUUAGAACACUAG